CUUAUUCCAUAUGAUUCUAAAAUACCAGAAGAUGUUUGGUAUGCACAGAAUUUACGUCGAGUAAAUGGAUCAGUUGCUCCAGUAAAUAUAGCUAAAACAUUUUCAGUUGAAUCAGUAUAUUAUGAAAGACCAUUAGGUGUACAUCGAUUUCCUUUAAAAUGUUCAAUUCGAGAAAAAUUAUUUGAAACAUGUCCUGAAUCAAUGAUGAUAAUGCCAGAAAAAUGUACAUAA